AUGUCUCAGAGUUUAAUUUGUUUCUUUUGGUUUCUUGCCAUUCCAGUUUUUGUUUCAAGUGAUAACACCACAAUUGUGGUGUCAAAGGAUUGGAGUGGAAACUAUAGCACCAUCUUAGGAGCUGUUUCUGCAAUACCCUAUUCGAGUUCAAUCACAUACACCAUUUACAUCGAGUAUAAAAGCAGUACAUUUUGUAGCAAAGCACAUCAGCUUUGUGAAUUCUGCCGGAAUCAAAUACCAGACAGGCAGUUUCUAUUAGAAAUGGAGUCUCCAAUGAUGCAUACUACAGGUACUUCAUAUUUGGUGACGCAGCCAUCAUGUUUCAGAACUGCAACAUGUAUGGAAGAAAUCCCGGCAGAUUCGCGGGAUAAAGCGAUGGGACACACUGGAAUAGUAAUUCAGAAUUGUACCAUUACAGCGGCACCAGAGAUUGGACACUCGAAUUCUUCCAGAGCAUUUCCUGGACGCUCAUGUAGAGAGUAUGCAAGAACGGUGGUGUUGGAGUCUUUCCUAGGAGAUAUCGUAAAACCUACUGGCUGGUCACCAUGGGGUAACAGCUCCAGAUUGGAUCUUUUGUCCUAUAUUGAAUAUAACAACAGGGGUCCGGGAGCUGAAGCCAGUGGCCGGGUAAAAUGGACAAGUUUUCAAAUUAUAACCAACUCUACCCAAAUCCUACAAUUUACUGCUAAAAACUUCAUCAAUGCAAGUGAUUGUUUACCUUCAAUUGGUAUACCAUUCAUUCCGGGACUUAUUGGAGGUUAA